AUGUCUCCAGAGUGUAUUGUUAACGCUCAAACGAAAGCAAAAACAACCUUGCACUUGGAUACUGUGGCUGCCACUGCUUGUCGACCUGCUGGUGAUAAGGAAGACCUACUCACAGCGGUGGGACUGACCACGUUUAGGAAAGGUUCAGAUUCGACUUUGAUGGGCGACGACUUGGAUAAGACUGGCCUGCCUCUGUCCACGGAAAUCUCAGAAACGCCUUUGCUUGACCCGCCUUCUCCGGCCUCGGUAUCCUCGCUAGAGACCCAGGUGCCCUCUCUUUCGCCCUUGGACGCGUUCCAUGCUUCCCUUGAAAAAGCCCAGGAUAAUAUCUUUCUUAUAAAGUCUCCAUCCCAGCUUAAACAGCUUCUUGACUUCUUCUAUGGCGGCUCCAAUGCCUUGGCUCCUUCCACAACUACCUUUCCUUACUUGCAUGGCUUGGCUCAGAUCAAACAGAGGGUCUAUUUCCACGAGAAGUUCGAUCCAAGUACAGAUAUCAACUUGUUGAAUUAUGCUCCCGAGGAUAUCCCUUCCUUGUUUAACCAUGACCUUUCUGUGGAGCUCCCACUGAUCCCUUUCAACCUUAUGACUGUCAGCUCCGUUGAUACUGAUAAGCCUCGCCUCAUCAACUCCAUUUCCCUUGAAGAUAUCUUGACAUUAAAGCCUGACGCUCAGGUUACUGAUUUUGAUAUUUCCCUGCUCCAAAAGUUAAGUGACAUUUAUAAACUCGAAGACCCUUUCUCCGAGACCCAGGAGCUUCUUAACAGAAACUACGACAUGCAAGCUCGUCUCAUGGCUCCCAUGUCCCACUUUUUAGUGUAUAAUAACGCCAUGGACAAUUCAGCUAACUCCAACGCUGCCACGGUUCUUUCAAAUGUCAAGCUGGAACAACAAAACAUCUAUGUUGUGGACUUCAAGCCAGAAGAAUGGGACCAAUGUUCUCCUUACUUGGAAAAGGACGUUACCUACUCCAUUGGAGGUCACUCUUCGGUGUUCUACCAAGAACCAUAUACGAAGAAACUCCAGGUUAUGGAGCAGCAGUUGAUGUGGCAGCUCAAUGGCUUGAAAGAGCUUUUCCCUAGAUUGUACAUUGGCAAUGCUUUCAACUUUAAGCAAAUGGUUUCUUCCAGAGGAGAGCAGCAAAACUUUAAGUUGCAUAUCCAUUGCCAUGAAAAUGCCAAACUUCCUUCCUUAGAAGCAUUACGUCAAAUUAGCCAGUCCUUGGAUCGAGGAACAGCUCAUGAGACGUACUUCCUAGAGUUUCCUGACUCCAUUGCAAGACACACAGAUGAGCUUUCUCCAAAAGAAGUGUUGAGUUAUAUUAAUGUUCUCAAGGUAAUCCACACCAUUGUGCUUAAGAACAAGGCCAAAGUGUUCUUGUAUUCCUUCGAUGGAUUUACCUGUCUUUCCCUUUUGGCACUAAGCUUAUCAAUGCUUUGGACUUCAGACACUGUGGAAGAAGCAGCACUUAACAUCUUCCGCAAGCCAGCAUUCAAGUUAUACCUCUAUAGAGAAGAUUUUGUCUUUCUCAAGCAAUUCGAACCAUACAUCCUUUGGCUUCGGGACAAUAGUCUCAACAAAAACUAUCAUUUGCAACUUCUGUUGCCGAUCAGAGAGAUUCUGCAACUUCCAAGAAAGUCUCCUGGUCAAAUUGAUUGGUUCGAAGAUGGUAGAGACAUGAACUUCCCAGCCUAUAUUCAUGAUACCCUUUUCCUUGGUUCAGCAGCUCACAGCUCCUCCAUAACAGUCUUAGCAACCUUGGGUAUCAACCGCCUUAUUUCCAUAGAUAAGCUUCCAGUCUGGUUCCACCUUCUUGAAUGUGUUUUUGAACAUGAUGCGCCUCCAUUUAAAAAGGAUAACGUUGUGAAACCAAUUUUCCUGUUCAACAAUGACAAAGCAAAGGUGUAUGAAGUGGAGGUUCCAGAAAGAAUCAGAAAGUUGCUUAAGUUCGAGGUCCGUUCGGUUGUAUACAUCUACAACGUUCGUGACGACGGUAAGGAUUCCAUGAUGCCAUUGCUCUUGGAAUGUCCUGAUCAUGUACAACGCAAACUCUUGGUGGAUCCAGAGGAUAAGUCGUCCAGGACUCUUGUGCAUUGCCGUGUGGGUGUGUCGAGAUCAGCAUCAUUGGCUAUCGCCUCCAUUAUGAAACACUUUCAUAUGGACGUUUUGGAGAGUUACCUUUACGUCCGUGUGAGAAGGUUUAAUGUGGUGAUCCAGCCUAAUCUUCGUCUCUUCUACGAGUUGUUCUUGUUUGACGAGAUGUUACAACGUCAAAGAAACCAAGAGUACAGAAGAAAGCAUUGCUGGUGGGUUGUCUGCGACCAAAUUGCACGGCUCAACAAGAGCUACGUUCGAUAA